AAAAAAAAAAAAAAAAAAACAACAGAGACUUGACUUUGUUGGUCCUUUCCUUUCAUCUCCUCAGAUCUCUCAUCUCUUCUGUGCAAAACGCCCUGUUUUAGAUCUCGGAGGAGAGUUAGUUUUUAUUUUUAUUUUUAAAGUUCGGUUCCUUCCGGUUGAUGAUGAUCUGUGUUAAUAUUAUUCAUCAUCGUGUAUCAGGCUGAGAUAGAGAUCUGAAUACUGGAAAGUAGCAGAAGAGAGAUAUCUACAAUUUUUUUUACUUGUCAGCUUGGAUGAUUGAUUCAUAUUGUUUUGUUAGUCGAGAGAGAAAGGAAAGGAAAGGAUCCUCAAGGUUUUUGGUGCGGUGGGGAUGAACCCUUAGACAGACAGACAGACACUCGUAAAAGGUGGUCUGUCUGUAUGUUGGAGAGUUUGGAGAAGGAUGGAAGAGGUAGGUGCGCAAGUAGCUCAUCCAAUAUUCAUCCACCGCCAAACACUCGCUGCUCGAUUCUCUGAGUCUCAUCAUCCCAUGGCCAAGAAACGCGGCCUUUCUUUUCGGCCAACAGAGCCGCAUCACCAACAAGGGCUUCAAAACCCCAUGAAUAACUGGAACCCUAAGCUCUGGGAUUGGGACAGCGCCAGGUUCGUGGCCAAACCUUUGGUACCAGAUGUACUGCGCCUGGAUACUGCGACAGCUACAGCUGUGCAAUCAGAGUCGCAACGGAGAAGAAGGGAGGAAGAAAAUAACGCAGCAAAUUCGGCCAAUUUGAAGAAGAACCCAAACGCCGUGUCCGUGGAUGAAGAUGAUGAAAGACUUAUCCACCUGAAGCUUGGUGGCUUGGAUUCUGCGACGGAGGCUGGGUCAAGGCCCAAUAAGAGAGUCCGAUGCGGAUCUCCAGGUGGUAGCAACUAUCCCAUGUGUCAGGUCGAUAACUGCAAGGAGGAUCUGUCCAAUGCAAAAGAUUAUCACCGGCGUCAUAAGGUGUGCGAGGUUCACAGCAAAGCCAGUAAAGCUUUGGUGGGGAAGCAGGUGCAGAGGUUUUGCCAGCAGUGUAGCAGGUUUCACCCUCUUUCAGAGUUUGAUGAGGGGAAGCGGAGUUGUAGGCGGAGGCUUGCUGGGCACAACAGGCGGAGGAGGAAAACUCAGCCCGAGGUUGCUACCUCAAGGUUGUUACUCCCUGGAAACCGUGAAAACACUGUCAAUGGAGAUUUGGAUAUUGUCAAUUUGCUGACAGUUUUAGCACGUGCACAAGGGAACACCGGGGGCACAAGCAUCAAUUGCCCAUCAAUGCCUAAUAAGGACCGGGUCAUUCAGAUUCUCAGCAAAAUAAAUUCAUUACCUUUGCCAGCGGACUUUGCCGCUAAGUUACCAAUUUCAGAAUGUUCGAAUAAAGGUGUGCCCCACCAAGUUUCUUCUGAAAACCAGGACAGCUUCAAUGCAAGUGCAUCUUCUCCAUCAACCAUGGACUUACUUGCUGUUCUUUCAGCAACUCCGGCAGCACCUGCUUCUGACACUCUAGAAUUGUCAUCUCAAAGAAGCAGCCAAGGAAGCGACAGUGAGAAAACAAGUUCGGCUUGCAUGGACCAAGCUACGUGUCUCAAUUUGCAGCAGGGACCAUCUUCAGAGUUUCCUCGAGUUGGAGGAGAGAUAAGAAGUUCCAGUUACCAGUCUCCUACUGAAGAUUUGGACUGCCAAAUUCAAGAAACUCGUGCAAAUCUACCGUUACAGUUAUUUAGUUCAUCACCUGAAUAUGAUAGCCCACCAAAACUAGCAUCUGGUGGGAAAUACUUCUCUUCUGACAGCAGUAAUCCCAUGGAAGAGAGGUCGCGUUCAUCUUCUCCACCUGUUGUGCAUAAGCUAUUUCCAAUGCAGACUUCCAGAGAAACGAUGAAGCCUGAGAGUAUGUCAAUGAGUGGAGAAGUUAACACAAAUGUUGGAGGUAGUCAGACUCGUGGUUGCCUAACUUCUCUUGAUCUUUUUGGAGGGUCAAGUGGAGGAGCUGGCAAUUGUUCAGUUCAAAAUUUGUCGUACCAUGCAGAGUAUACAUCUUCGUCUGGAUCCGAUCUGUCACCCUCUAGUUUUCAUUCUGAUGCUCAGGAUCGCACUGGGCGAAUCAUUUUCAAGCUGUUUGACAAGGAUCCCAGUCAUUUGCCGGGGACAUUGCGAACACAGAUCCAUAAUUGGCUUUCUCGCAGUCCAUCAGAAAUGGAGGGCUACAUUAGGCCUGGUUGUGUUGUUUUGUCAAUUUACCUAUCCAUGCCAUCUUCUGCUUGGGAUCAACUUGAAGAAAACCUCUUUCAAUGGGUCAGUUCUUUGGUUCAAGAUUAUGACACCGAUUUUUGGGGAAGUGAAAGGUUUUUAGUUCACACCGACAGGCAGUUGGCAUCACAUAAAUGUGGAAAGAUUCAUCUCCGCAAAUCUAGGAGAGGAUGGAAUUCCCCAGAAAUUAUGUCUGUCUCCCCUUUGGCGGUAGUGGGUGGGCAAGAGACCUCUCUUUUACUGAAGGGAAGAAAUAUGAGUACUCCUGGUACCAGGAUUCACUGUACGCACAUGGGAGGGUACAUCUCGAAGGAAGUUCCAAGGUCAGCCUGUAAUGAAAAUGCAUCUGAUGAGAUAAGAUGGGGCUGCUUCACAAUUUCUGGUGCAACUUCUCCGGGCCUGGGUCGCUGUUUCAUUGAGGUUGAAAAUGGUUUGAGAGGGACCAGCUUUCCUGUAAUUAUAGCGGAUGCUCCUAUCUGUCAGGAAUUGAGACUCCUUGAGUCUGAAAUUGAAGGUGGAAAAAUACGUCAGGCUAUUUCAGAGGACUACGCCCAUGAUUUUGGCAUGCCCAGGUCAAGGGAAGAAGUCUUGCAUUUCUUAAACGAGCUUGGAUGGUUAUUCCAAAGAAAAGGGAUCCCUUCUGUGCCCGAGGAUCCUGAUUAUAAACUCAGCCGGUUCAAGUUUCUAUUGGUGUUUUCAGUUGAAAGAGAUUUCUGUGCUUUGGUCAAAACUCUGGUAGACAUACUAAUCAAAAGAAACUUUGGGAGGCAUGGGCUUUCAAAGGAGUCCUUGGAGAUGCUAUCAGAAAUUCACCUCUUGAAUAGGGCAGUUAAAAGGAGGUGUAGGAAUAUGGUUGACUUGCUCGUACAGUAUUCUGUACUUGGCACUAAUGAUACCUCCAAGAAUUACAUCUUUCAGCCAAAUCUUGUUGGACCUGGUGGUGUUACACCUCUACAUUUGGCUGCAUGCACAUCAAAUUCAGAUGAUAUGGUUGACGCACUUACAAGUGACCCACAGGAGAUUGGGUUGCGCUGCUGGGAUUCCCUUGUUGAUGUGAAUGGGCUGUCUCCAUAUGCCUAUGCCUUGAUGAGAAGUAAUCACUCUUACAACCGGCUAGUGGCUCGAAAACUUGCUGACAAAAAAAGUUGUCAAGUCUCCAUAUCUAUUGAGAAUGAGAUAGAGCAAAAGAUGUUUACAGGGGUUCAGGACCACAGGCCUACUUUCCCCCUUAAGCAAGUACAAAAAUCUUGCUCCAAGUGUGCAAUUGUUGCUGCAAGAUAUAAUAGGAGAAUUCCCAGUUCAGAAGGCUUGCUUCACCGGCGCUACAUUCAUUCUAUGCUUGCCGUUGCUGCUGUAUGUGUUUGUGUCUGCCUGUUCUUGCGAGGCUCCCCAAAUAUUGGCUUAGUUGCUCCCUUUAUGUGGGAGAAUUUGGAUUAUGGCCCAGUUUAGUUGGAAAGAUAAAGAGAAUUAUAUACACAUACUUUGGAGAGAGGAGGGGGGAGAGCAUUAUGUUGGCCGAGAAGGUGAGGGCCAGGAUUGUGAUUGGAGUGGCAUUGAUUGGUUCAGUUCAGUUGUGGUACUUUGAAGACCAAAGGAUUAUGUGGCAGAUUAGUUGGAUGCUGCAUACAACAUUUUGCAAACCUGAGAUUCGGAAUUUUCAAAUACAACUGAGUGGAUGAGAUGAGAAGGAAAUGAAGAAGAGAAAAAAUGAUGGGCAUGGGCAUUAUUAUGAAAAAAGCAAGAUAUGAAAAGCGUAUAUUGAAGAGAUAGCAGAAGCGCAAGCAAACUUGCAGUUCUCUGAGGUGGUUGAUCCGUCACCUUUUGUGCUGGUUUAUGGUCCUUGACUUGUUUAAUAUAUAUAUAUAUAUAUAUUUUUUUGUUGAAACUGGACUGGAGAGCUCAUCAAAGAAACUCUUGGACACUAUGGAUUGAUUUGGUCAUUGUAAAGAAUGAGUAGGAUAAUCAGGAAUUAAUUACAAUAUUUAUUUAGGUUA